GCGCGCGUCCGCGAUGGCACCGUCGAUGGUGCUCCGUGACAUCGACGAUUGACUGCUAAUCGGUGACGUGAUUCUGUGCAGAAAGACUUAAAAGGUGAUUCUAACCGUGUUGCAAUAGAUUCGAGACAAUUUCAAGCGGUUUCUGUACGCUUACGUAAGCUUCCUAGCCUGAUAUUGUAACAAAAUCGCAAUGAGCCCAGCUUUGGGAAUGCACCCAGGUAUGGCGCCACAUCUGCAGCAACUUCAGGCGCAUCUCCUAAGGAGCGCAGCUGCCGCAGCUCUUCUACCCCAUGCUCACCCCCUACAACCCCCUGCACCACCUCCACCACCACCUCAUCCACACCCCCAUGCCCACGGAUUAUCGCCGCAUUCGCAAUUAUACCCCGGUGUGCCACCUCAUUCCACGGCCUCAGCAACCCUCGGACCUCAUGGAGGAGGAUUGCCGCCAAAAACUGAGAGCACGGAGUCCUGCAGAAAAGCGUCAGAAUCGUCGACCAGGUCGGUGACGGCCGAGGCGGACACGUCUUCGAGGAGAGCUUCUACGAAGGUAAAAAGGGAGCCUGCGACGACGACGACGAACGCUGCCACGACCACAGCACCACCUACUCAUCCUCAAGGACUUAGCCCUAGCGAAGAUCUUCGAGAUGAACCUGGAGAUUUUAUCGAAACGAACUGUCACUGGAGGGACUGUGGUCUUGAGUUUCCUACUCAGGAUGAUCUUGUGAAGCACAUCAACAAUGACCAUAUACAUGCGAACAAGAAGAGCUUCGUUUGUGGUUGGGAGGAGUGCUCGAGGGAGGAAAAGCCAUUUAAGGCUCAAUACAUGUUGGUGGUGCAUAUGAGAAGGCACACCGGUGAAAAACCUCAUAAGUGUACUUUCGAGGGAUGUUUCAAAGCAUAUUCGCGUCUGGAGAACUUGAAGACGCAUCUGAGGUCCCAUACCGGAGAAAAACCAUAUACUUGUGAAUAUCCUGGUUGCAGCAAGGCAUUUAGUAAUGCCAGCGAUCGCGCGAAACACCAAAACAGGACUCAUUCCAACGAGAAACCAUACGUUUGCAAGGCGCCAGGUUGCACGAAAAGGUACACCGAUCCAUCAUCUCUGAGAAAACACGUGAAAACUGUGCACGGUGCAGAAUUCUACGCCAAUAAGAAGCACAAAGGAGGCGGUGGAGAUGGCGGAGGCAGUGACGAGGCUGGUGCAGGUGGUCAUAGCCCUAGCAGAAGUGAAGAUCUGCAUCCGAAGACACCUAGUUUGUCAAGUCCGAGUGUGAAAUCUGAAAGUGAAGCGAAUAGUCCACCUAGUAUGAUGCAGCAACAAGGUAGCCCAUUAGUUGGUGGUUGCAAUGACGAAGUUGCUGGUGUCAGUGCAUUGACUGGUGAUGGCGUUACCUUGGCUGAGGAACCUUGGAACGAGGAACCCGAUGACUUGGAUAUCGCUGAUCUGCCAGUUGCUCUACGUGCCAUGGUUGGCGGAAUGGAAUCGCAGCAGCAACAACAACCUCCUCCUCCUGCCUCGAGGAAUCGUCUGAAAGGCAGACUAAACGCAAAGGGCAUGCCGAGCUUGCCAGUAAGCGUGUCCGGUAUGAGGGGAACACGUGGUAUGGGUCCUCAGGGUAACAUCGGGGACCUGAACAGGAGGAUCACUGACCUGAAGAUGGAGGGUGGCGGUCCCGCCCGCCAAACGAGUCUUUCUGACCUGCAACUCAGGCUGCAACCUCUCAACGAGCCACGAAGGGACAGCAACAGUACUGUGAGCACCUAUUACGGUAGCAUGAAGUCCACGGACUUUGGUAGUAGAAGAAGCAGCCAGGCUAGCGGGGUCAGCGCUGUCAGAAUGGGUCAAACUGGACCUGGGAGCUUCUACGAUCCCAUCAGUCCAGGAACAUCACGAAGAAGCAGUCAAAUGAGUACCACUUCCGGUAGAAUGAACCCACCGAGUCAUCUUCAAGGACCUUACUCGACGAGCAAUCUUGUCGUUCAGACGCAAAAUAUGUCUCUUCAGGGUAUCCAGGGUAUGCCAGGAGAUUGGAACGGUCCAAGCGGCCAUUGUACGCAACCAUCCGGUGAUCGUCGCAUGUCCGAACCCACCAGGGGUCACCAGACCCAAAGAAAUUCACCGCCUGUACCACCCAGACCAAGAUCUGCUCAACUUCCAGAACAUCAUCCUAAUCAGGAAGUCAUUCUGGAUGAGGUUGGAGAAGGUGAAAUGGUGGAGAAUAAGCUGGUCAUUCCUGAUGAGAUGAUGCAGUACUUGAAUCAAGUUCAAGCAGGAGGAACUCAGGUGAAUUGCCGUAGCAGUCCCUUACCAAUUUGCCAGUCCCCAAUUUGCACAAAUCCCUUGCACUACCAACGUCAAAUACAGCCUACUUGCAACUACAACCAGCCUCACCAACAAACCUGCUACCCGCCACCACAACCAGCUCAACCAACGUGCACGAAUUAUCAGAAUACCUCUCCAUCUCCUUACAACCAAUGUCCUAGUUCUAGACCUCCUCAGUCUAAUUCACAAUACUGUCCUCCACCCUCUUAUCCAUCUCAACCGAACGGCGGGCAAGUGCUCAGUCCAGCAGCGGGUCAAGUCAUGUCACCAGGAUCUCACUACGCUCCCAGUCACAUCAGCGAUCAGCCUCUAACUUCACCAGCAGCUGGUGCCUUAGCGCCUCAGCAUCCUCCACAAAAUCUUCCUCAAAACUCUGCUCAGUUAACUAGGAACUGUCCCCAAAACCACAUGCACCAUGGCUACUACCCUAGUUACAAUUGUCAGGCACAAAUGAACGCGAAUUGUACCGGAAAUCCAACCAGCCAAGUGAACCACCACACAAACCCCGUUUGUGCUCCACCGAAUCACAGCUCUAUGAACCAACAACAGUGCGUGCAGAUGCGAUCAACUGGCAAUUGUCCACAAUUGUCUCCCCACUGCACUCAACAGCCAGCUAUAUCUAAUCAGACAACUAUGAGCCAUGCUAAUCCACAGUGUGGUCAAGUAGCCAAUCAAUGUACCAGGCCAAUGGUGACACCUAAUGGCCAGGUGUCAAAUAUUCACCCUGUUCAGCAGAGCACAGUGCCCAACCAAUGUGCUCAGAUGUCGCCACACUGUUCUCAACUGAACAUCAACAACCAGGCUAAACCAAUCACCAACAUAACCAGUCUCCAAGGCUGUCAACAGCAAACACCACAGCAAAAUACACCUUGCCUGCAAAUGGCUAAUUGCGCUCAUCCCAAUGGUGGCCAUAGAUCAGUGAACGAUUCUGCUUUACCGAAGAGGACGUCUCCACAGUUGUGCACUGCUCAGCAGACCAAUUGCAGGAUACAACAGCAGCAACAUACUUGUACACACAAUUGUGCUCGAACCAAUCCUCCAAAUCAUCAACAGUACAAUUGUAACUGCCAAUGGGGUUACGGCGGAGAUCAAUGUUACCACGAGCAAACCGGUGCUGCUAUGCCAGAGAUUCAAUGCAGAGACAUCAGUCAGUCUCAACAAGGAUCUCCUAUGAAGCCUCCUCAAGGAAUGAGACAAGAUUCGUACAGAAGGACACUGGAGUAUGUGCAACAGUGCAGAAACUGGUCUGGAAACGCACAGACCCACGAAACAAAUGUCUCUAGUUCUACUCACCCCAUGUCGCUGCCACAGCCAUUGCCAUCAAGUGCCAAUAUGGUGGUCAACGACAUGACUUCGUCUCUGAGUUCGUUGCUCGAGGAGAACAGAUACUUACAGAUGAUCCAGUGAAUAUCGUAAUCGCGAUAUGAAUAUAUAAAUAUAGAUAUAUAUUUUCUAUCGUAACCUUUUUUGAUACUAUCGUUUAAUAAGAAUGUUGGAACGAAGAAAUAAAUAAUCCAUCUCAACUUUUGGAGAUGGAACCUUUGUAUUUUUGAUAAAGACCGAAGGCUUUUUCUUAUUCUUUGUGUAGAAACGUGCGCAUUUCGUAAUUGUUAAGCGCCCAGUCGACGAUCGCUUAAAUUAAUUGUUAAUUAGAAUUGUGGAUCGCGUGCUCGAAAGAUGGAUGACGUUCUCGGUGAUUGAGAAACGAUCGCAGUCGAAGUGAUACGUAUUACGAGAGAGUUCAAAUGUGUUUUCUACUACGCUGCGUUGUUUAUAGGAUAUAGUAUGUAUUUUGUACAAAAAUUGACGGAACCUCGGGGUGCCUUACAGAGCUAAGCUAAAUGGAAUAACGGAGUAAUUUAUUAUUUUUGGAGGAUUGUAUUUAAGACGUUUAACGUCUAAAAUUCUGUCAAGCGAAAUUUAUAGGAUUAUCAAAGCACUACGCUUACGGGCGAGAUCUCCGUUGGAUCAAGCUUCUGUUUGUCGCACAAAAUUUUACGCGUGUGAAUAUCGACACCGCGUCAGAGAAUGUGAGAUACUUUUCGAGAACAUCCUUGUAACCGUAUUUUUGUACGACCAGUCUUCUCAAAGCGUGCCAACAUACCGUUCUUAUCGUGUCAUCGUAAUUUUAUCUUCUUAACGUUAACAGCGAAUGAUAAACGACGUACAUGGUGACUUUAUAAAAAUACAUUUUCUAUGCGAUGGUGCGACCUGCUAAUGAGAUUAAUCGAUCGAAAUGAAAAAAUAGACAGCCAAUAUUAGGAUAUAACGAUGUGUAGAUAAAUCAUACUAAUGUAAGAGAUUAUUAAUCAACGCUCAUGGACCACGUGCAUGAUAAAAUUAGACAAUCAUUUCGUAAAAAUGUGUUGAAUGUGUGUACCGAUGGACGAACGAGUGGCUCUAUGCGUGUGUCUUUCAUAAGAAUCAUUGUAAAAAAAAGAAGCGCAAGGCAACUAAAGAAACAUUUCUAGAUUAUAUAUAUUUGGUCUUUUGAUCGACCGAAACGAUCAUAAUAGAAUCCCUCUAAUUUUAUAAAAUGUAUCAUCGUCGAGUGCCUUUCAUCGUCGUGUCGAUCGAUGAGAAAUUAAAGAGUACGUUGAACAGUUGAAAACUUAGCGUACCUAGAGCUGUUUUCUUUUUCUUCUUUCCUUUUGUUAUGCAAACGAUUUUGUACGAAUUUUAUUAUAUCUACGAAAGGCGAGGAGUCUUGUGAAUAUUAUACAUAUCUUAUCGUAUACAUAUAGCGUAGUGAUUCAAGUAUGUGAAUGGAAGGAGUAUGACAAAAGUUUUACAUCCUGAGAAUUGUUAAUUAUUUUAAAAUAAAUCAUAUCGAUCCCAUCAACGAAA